CUCUCCGCACCACGUCAUCAUCGUCCCCAAGUGCCGGCGGAGAUGAGUGGAUGAGUUUGGUUCGCUCGCUUACCACCACCACCACCACCACACCGGACCGGACCGGACCCGGCACCGGAGACCGGACAGUGACGAGAUGUUUGAUGUCUGGCGGCGCACGGCAACCUCUCGAGCGUGGUUGGCUCGGAAACCAGACAAGCGGCAGCUAGAACGAAGCGUAUCAGUCACCCGGCGUUAAAGAGGGGCAUCCCGUGAUAAAUAAACGGCUACGGCGGUGCGAGCUGGAUGCUAGUCUUACGCCGUGCGCCGCCCGAACACACCGUGCAAGUACUCUCUACUUCGCUACUUUUCGCUCCCUCCCAAAAGGAUUCCAAACGUCCUUUCAACGCGAUGGCGAAGCAGAUGCUGGCCAGCGCUGCUGUUGCUGCUACGGUGGUGUUAGUGUUGCUGUGCUGUUUGGCCGAGGCUGUGAAUGGGCAGCGGUUCCAUCACAAUGAGCAGAACCGGGUGGUAGCCGGAGGUCCAGGCACCAUUUUCAAAUCCUCACGCAUCGUCGGUGGUUCGGUGGCUUCGGUAGGGCAACUGCCCUAUCAGGUGGCACUGCUACGGUCGGGUACGCUCGGUUGCGGUGGUUCGUUGAUUGACGCACGCUGGAUCCUCACGGCGGCUCACUGUGUCUACAGGGAUGGUGUGCUUAUUCCAGCCGCCUCCCUCACGGUACUGGCCGGAACGAUUAAUUUGAAUACCGGUGGAGUGCGGCGAGCCGUCGCUCGGGUGCUGCCACACGAGCGUUACGGUAACUUCCGGAACGAUGUAGCGCUGCUGCUGCUCCAGCAACCGUUGGCCACUAGUAGCACCGUUAGACCGAUUGCCCUACGUACUGCGGAGGUGCCGGCCGGGAGUGAGGUCAUCAUUUCCGGCUGGGGUCGUAUCUACUCCGGUGGGCCGGUAUCGAACUGGCUUCGCUUGAACCGUGGCACCGUACUGGCCGGUCAACGGUGUGCCGCAGUCACCGGUAUUCCCAGUGGUCUGAUAUGUUUCACCUCACCAGUGAACAACGGUGCUUGUAAUGGCGAUUCGGGUGGACCGGCCGUGAUGAACAACGAGCUCGUCGGGGUGGCCAACUUCAUCAUCAACUACUGCGGCUCGGGUAACCCCGAUGGGUACGCUAAGGUGUCCGACUAUGUGGCCUGGAUCCGGGCAACGAUGCGUCGAUAUUAGUCACAGGCCGAGGUCGUUGUACCUCGGACAAGCGAAGGGUUUUGAAUUUUUGGGUAAUCUGGUGAGAGUUUCUCUCUGUUGGAUUUUUUUGGUGUGAUAAAAACCAUUUGUACCAUUCUGACAUAACGUUUGAUUUGACGAUGCGACGUAACAAGAAAGAUAAUAAAUUGCAGGAAUCCAUAAGGGUUUUUAGGCGAA